GUAAGCCUGCUCCUUUCUGCAGUCAGUCCAGUCUACUUUUUUCUUGUUGCGAUCACCGUCAAUUAUUGCGCUGCAUUAGACCGCCUUUCAAGCCCCCGCACGUCACCAUGUCUUAUCUGGACACGACUAAUCCAGACUUUUUCAAGCGACAGCGCAAAAAGCUGGUUAUUGUCGGGGACGGAGCUUGUGGCAAGACCUCUCUACUCAUGGUGCAAUCCGGCCAAGAGUUCCCUACCGAAUACGUCCCGACCAUUUUCGAAAACUUUAUCACUCAGAUCCACGCGGCCAAGAAUAAAGUAUACGAAAUGAGCUUGUGGGACACUGCUGGACAAGAGGAAUAUGAUCGAUUGCGACCAUUGAGCUACCCUGAUACCGAUGUCGUUUUGUUGUGCUUUUCAUUGAUUCACCGCGAAGGGUUUGAAAACAUCCGGGACAAGUGGUACCCAGAAACAAACCACUUUCUGCAUGACGUUCCCCGAAUCCUCGUCGGCAACCAAAAAGACCUGCGAGAUAAUGCCACAGACGAAGAACGCGCCGCCUUUGCCCGACGAUUCGGGUGGCCGGAAAUGCAGCGACCCAUUACUUACGAAGAAGGUGUCAAACUAGCACACGAAAUCGGCGCUGCGAAAUACUUUGAGACGUCUGCAAAGACAAAGGAAGGCAUAUACGAACUUUUUGUUGGGGCAGGAAAGGUGGCUUACAAACCAAAGAGACGGGUUCGACAAUGUUAUUUCCUUUAGCUGGUUAUUUUCAACGCAGCGCCCCGCUUCAAAGGUUGAAAGAUAUUAUAUAAUAUAUAUUGCAUGUAAGAACACAAGUCGGACCAUUAACAGAGGUUUUGAGAGUUUUGUAACAUGCUCCAGA